AAAUUUAGACUUCGAUAACGAUAGAACUAAGUAAAACCAGAGAACCAUCGAACUAUCGAACCGUAUAGUGUGUUUUAUCGUCACUCAAAAACAAGGAAACAGCGAAACCAUCGAACGCGUUCCUCGGUUUCACAGCUAAAAAUGUGACGCGAACAAGAUAGUUCGCUGGUGACUCGUAGGCGCUUCCGUACAGAUUACAUCAGUGAUAAAAAAACAUGUUAAAAACAUUUGUUUUUUUUAUACCAAAGAUGUUAAAAAAUGUUUGCAUUGUGAAGUAGGUCAUAGUUAAGUACAAACUAAUCAACAUUAAAUAUAGAUAAGUUAUGUUUAUGUUUUAAAUUCAAUUAUCAGAUAUAAUAACUUAUGUAAUUAUACAUAAAAAUGCCAAAAAUUGUAAAUACUGAAAGUGCAUUCAUGAAAUCAUGUGAAAUUGCAAAAACUCUUAAAAGAACAAACAAAAUAACAAGAUGUACAUAUUCGAGAGAAAAUUUAUUAUUAGCUGUUGAGGAGGUUAAAAAAGGAAUGUCUGUUGCUGGAAUGGCAAGAAAAUACAAUGUUCCAGAGUCGACAAUUCGUUCAAAAAGAGAUAAUAAAUAUGCCGAUAAAAAACCUGGACCAGCAACUGUACUUACUACACAGGAAGAAGAUGAAAUUGCCAAUUGGAUUUUUCUCUGCUGUCAAAGAGGUUUUCCUGUUACAAAAAAUCAAUUACUCGAAAGUGUUGAAGUAAUUUGUCAAAAGAUAAAAAGAGAAAUUCCAUUUAGUAAUGGAAAACCAGGUAGAAGUUGGUUUGAAGGCUUUUUAAAACGUCAUCCUCAAAUAUCAAAAUCAUUUUUUGACAACAGUUCUAUAAAUAAAGCAAAUGUCACGGAAGAAAGUUUAGAAGAGUGGUUCGAGCAAAUUUCAAGAAAUCUUUCUUCUAUUAAUCUACUGUCAAUUGAACCAAACAGAAUUUUUAAUUGUGAUGAAAUAGGACUUCCUUUGAAUCCGGAAACUCCGCCAAAAUUUUCAUCAAAAGGAUCAAAAAUUGAUCAUAACACAGUGAACAAUAACCAAAAGAAAGAAAAUAUUUCUAUAUUAAUAGCAGGUAAUGCCGCAGGUGAGCUUGCUUCAACCUUUAUUCUUUUUCCUGAAGAAUCAUUAUCAAAAAAAGCUGCACCAUUAAUACCAACUGAAUUUCCUUUCGGCUAUAGUGAAAAUGGAUCAAUGACAUCAAAAAAUUUCUAUGAAUUUAUUGUAAAUGCAUUUGAUCCUUGGUUAACUAGAAAUAGAGUAAAACGUCCCGUACUUUUAUAUAUCGAUGGUCACAAAUUUCAAUUGACAUUUGAUAUUAGCAAAUUUUGUACAGAAAAUGAAAUUGAACUUAUAUCAUUGCAUCCAGACGCCACUAAUAUUUUAACUCCUUUGUGUAAAUCGUUCUUUCAUGAUUUCGAAACUCGAUGGAAAGAGGUGAAAACUAAUGUUACCUAUGAUUUUACAAAAACAAAGCAAUUUAUUUCAGUUCUCAAACAAACGUUAGACACUCUUAAUGCGAAAGAAGUUUUACCAACUAGUUUCAUGGAAUAUGGAUUAUAUCCUUUAAAAGUUGACUCUACAAAUUUUACCGAAGAUUCUAAUUGCAAUGAAAAUGCAAUUGAAUAUACAAAUGAUAAUAAUAAUUGGGAGCGUUUACAAAUUUUAGAAAGUUUGAUAAGUGAAGAUAAGCUUUACACUUUCAGGCAAAAUGAAAGUCCUGAAUGGAAAGGGGAAAUAAAAGACGAAAGUCUAUUUGAAAUUUGGUACAAAUUGUCGAGUUCAUGUAUUGAAAGAAUACAUGAUACAAGUAAUAUAGAGAUGAAUGACCCGCUCAGUUAUCCUGAGGAAGUUGAUAAUUUUGAAAAAAUGGAUUUCCAGUUUAUAAAAGUGGAAAAUGACGACGAACUCAAUGAAGUUUAUGCAUAAAAUAAUUAGAUGUUAGUCAAUAUUUUUUAAUAAAAAUUUCACAAAUAUGACUGAAAUAUAUAUAUAAAUUAUUUAAAAUAAAAUAAGAUUUUGAAUAACCAAA